AUGAAUAGUAAGCGUUAUAUAACCUACAAAGCGUCAACGUAUAACCUCAUAGCGUCCUGUAACUACACAAAAUUUUCUUCUCAACUCCAAAAGAUUAUCUUAAUGCCUGAUGAAAUAAUCUGAAAAUGAAAGUAAUCAGUCGUAUUUUAUUUUAAAAAGAACAAAAUCUCAAUAAUGGAACUAUGGGGUGAAAUAGCUUUAGAUGAUUGGGGCAAAGUCGGCCACAGAAGUAAGGCUGGAAUCUAUUACUGGCAUUCGAAGAAGAGGGAUCUCAUAGAUGAAGACACCUGCUAUUCCACCGUUAUCUUCAGCGGGAACAAGUCGGAAGGCCGCUGCCCGACAACCAUAGCGUCCAGGUAUGAAGCCCUGUAUUUGUUCAUAAAAGACAAACCGCAAGUUCUCGGGACCAGAUGUGCAGCAAUGCAUAACAACCAUUUGCCAUUCCAAGUCAAGAUACGAUCUCUGCGGAAAGCUAUGCCAUUGGCGUGCCACCCUUCUAAGGAACAUGCAGAGAGGUUACACCGUUUGGAUCCAGAGAGGUACCGCUGCGAUGAACACAAACCGAAGUUAAUAGUUGCGAAGCUCAGUCUAGAAAUGUUGGCAGGAUUUAGACCCAAAGAAGAAAUUUUUUCUUUUCUGUCUGAUAUACCAGAGCUCGCCAUUGUGGUCCCUUACGUGACCAUUCAAGAUUAUCUUUACAGUGGAAAGAUAAUGCAUCUUAAGCGGAUGCUAUACUUCUUAAUGUCGGCGACACAUCAGGAGAUGAAGCUUUCUUUGGACAUUUUUUUCGAAAGGAUGAAUAAAGCAGAUGAUUCUCAGAGAUCAGCUGUUCUUUUCAACGUACUAAGAACACUUCACGACCAAUACCCAUAUGACUGUGGUGUCUACGCACCGUUAUUUUUCAACCGUUUCACUAUGGCCCCCGGUACUGCAAUAUUCCUCCCAUCAGGCACUGUCCAUUCAUACCUUCUUGGAGAUUGCCUUGAAAUAUCGACACGUUCGGAGAACAUAGUAAGAGUCGGGUUGACAGAUUUGUAUAAGAACGUGGAUGAAUUCCUGGAGAUCGCCGAUUUUACAUCGACCAAUCCGGAAUCUUUUGCUUAUCGUCCUACUGUUCUAGACAAAUACGUGUUAUCUUUCACUCCACCAACAACAGAAUUUGGAGUCUUUCGAAUAUGUGUCCCCGCAGAGGAUGAUUACGCCAUAAAAGAACGUGAAUCGUGCUCAAUGCUUCUGGUAACAAGAGGAUCAGCCAUGUUGGAAGAUUCUACAAUCAUAAAAUUAGGAACAACAUUGUUCCUACUACCUUAUCACACAAUAAAAUUUAAGGUUAGGAAAGAUAUUACGAUUUAUCUUGUCUACCCGAAUCCUGAUGCUCCUCAUGGAGAAUUCGGAAAUCUUUUUUAAAUAUAAAAGACAUUUUGGCAAAAUAUACUUUUAUUUGUGGUCUAUCAAUAUUUAUAAUAUACGAUCAAUGGUUGAAGGUAUUCAAG